CCUUCCAAGAGACUGGCCACCCUCAUUCUUCCCUCUGCUUAGACCCCUGUGGAUGUCACCGGCCCAGAGAGGAGCCCUCUCGACACAGUCCUCCUCAGCUAGACCAUUUCCUGGCGCUGCUGCUGGUUGCCAGUUUGUUCAGAAGAGUGUUGUAUUCACGAGGCCAGGUGGGGUCUUCUGCUGGGUGCUUCUGAUGAGCUGAGAUCCGCAACAACCUUCUUCAGGUGUCAGAACCUGUCCCAGGUUCUUCUGAUCAUCUUGGCUCCUCUGCAUGAUUGAAGGAGGUGACUUCUAGAUAAAUCUCAGCUCCUCUGGCACAGGAAGGAGAGCAAUGACGGGGCACCUCAUCACAGGCAGGCCCUGAGAAUCCUGCUUUGAACUGGCUGCAGGGGUGCAUCCGGCGGGUAACGCCACCUUUGCAGAAAAGCCAAGGGAAACCGCCAGGCUCUGCUGGUGACUAAGCUGUGACAGUGGGUUGCAGCUUAUCUCUCUGCCCAUCUUCUCCGGCAGCUGAUUGCAUCCCCAGGUUGUGUUCUGAAACCAUCACCAACCACCAGCGUCUGUCCUUGUUGUGAUGCCCGUGUGGGGUGAGCAUUGCUGAGGGGGCGGCUUCCAAGGCUGCAGGCUGUAAACCAUGUUGUAUAAUGCGGCACAGCUCUGCGUCUGGGGCCAGUCAUUCAGAAAACCCGGAUGGAGGAGAGGAGAGAGAGGAGAGGAGAGGAGAGGAGAAGGCCCUGCUGCCAGGACCUGGAUGCCACGGCGGGCUGUCCAGGGAGCCACAGAGGUCUCCGGCCCUCCUGGAGGUGCCCAGUGCAAAGAGAGGGCCCCCCUUUCUGAGAGUCUUCAGAAAUGUCAUCAUAUUGCCUGCUGUGGUUUGGUUGCAUGGCUUUUCACAGGAGAAAGACUGUUGGGAUAAAAGUUGACAAAGGCAGAGUGACUAAAACAGUAUGGAACCCAGCAGCCCCAGGAACUACCCUGCCCAGAGCCUGACAGGUGCCUUGCCAGGCUAGGAAAUGAUCUUCAAUAUUUCAAGAAGGAAUGGGCAGACACAAACAAUCAGUCACCUGCGAAAGAGAAAUUUCACAGUGAAGAUUCCAGAUGUGAAAACUAAAAUUAGUUUGGAAAGAUCUUAGAAGAGCAUUUACUCACAUUGGUGCUGCAGUUGCAGUUUGAAGGUGGAUGUUUCUAAAAAAGUUAAGUGGAGAAACAAGAACCCAUGGUCAGCCCUCCAUACAGAGGGGAAGGGAGUGGGGGCCCUGGAAUCUUCGGCUGCCUGAUUGUCUGAAGUGCUGGAGGCCCAUCAUUUGCUGCAGCUGUCUGUGGAAUGAGCUUGAUGAUCCCACGAGCAAAAAAUCUUCUCUUCGUGUAGCCAUGACCCACCAUCAGUGGUAUCUAAAGUUUUGGUCAGGAUUAUGCUAUCCUCAUAAAGUGCGUUAGGAAGCUUUCCAUCUUUCUCUGUACUUUGUAAGAGUUUAAUCAGCCUGAGAAUUUUCAGUGUUCCGUCACGCUCCAUGGAAAGCAGGGGAUUUUUCUUGUUCAUUUCCACAAACCCAGUGACAACAGUGCCUGGGACACAGCAAUUAGAUUAUUUGCUGUCCUUUCUGUUCUACCUAAAGAGGGGUCCGUGGCAUUGUUCUGGGUUCCUGUCGUAACGUAAAGGAAAACUUUCACAAUGUCUGGAGCCCUUGAGGUCCUGCAAAUGAAGGAGGGGAUGUCCUCAAACUCCUAGCAUCAGGAACCCACUUAGGUGGCACCAACCUUGACUUCCAAAUGGAACAGUACGUUUACACAAGAAAAAGUAGUUGUAUCUACAUCAUAAAUCUGAAGAGAACCGGGAGAAGCUUCUGCUGGCAGCUCAUGCCAUUGUUGCCUUUGAAAAUCCUGCUGGUGUCAUGUCAUAUCCUCCAGGACUACUGGCCAGUGGGCUGUGCUGAAGUCUGCUGCAGCCAGUGGGGCCACUCCUAUUGCUGGACACUUCACUCCUGGAAACUUCACUAACCAGAUCCAGGCAGCCUUCUGGGAACUGCAACUUCCGGUGGUUACUGAUCCCAGGGCCUGCCCCGCAUGUCUCUGGGUAAAGCACACUCUCCUCUGCGCCGUGUGGACGUUGCCGUCUCACACAUGGGCAAGGGCGCUCACUCAGUGCAUCUGAUGCGCCGGAUGCCGGCCGGGGAAGUUCUGCGCCUGCGCGGCGCCAUCUCCCGUGAACACCCGCGGAAAGUCACACCCGCUCUACUUCUACGGAGACCCUGAAGAGAUGGUAAAGGGAGAGCCGGCUACAGCUGAAAAGGUUGAGAGCACGGAGGAACUUCAGGGUGAACGGACUGCUCCAGCUCCCGAAUUUACGGCCCCUCAACCGGAGGUGGCAGGCUCGGCUGCAGGCGCAGGGGCCCUCUGCCCUCUUUGGCGACUCCCCGCUGAAGACUAGUCAGCCCGCCUCCCAGGACGGCACUGCAGCCAGUGGCUAGGAAGUGAAAUCAGAUGGAUGUUGGUGAGCACCCCAUGGCAGCAGUUACUUCAUUUCGCUUGUUCAGAGGGAACUCUAACUUGGAAGCCUUCUUUAGAAUGAAGAGGAACAAUUUAUCUGUUGUGAAUAAAGUUGUCCAGUCUUCACCAGCAGUGAAACAGCCUAAACUUGGGUUCUACUCAUCUCUCAACCAGACUCAUACAUACACUGUCCUUCUAGACUGGGGGAGUUUGCCUCACUAUGUAGUGUUACGCAUUUUUCAGUAUCUUCCUUUACUGGAUCGGGCCCGGGCAUCUUCUGUAUGUAAGAGAUGGAAUGAAGUUUUUCAUAUUCCUGACCUUUGGAGAAAGUUUGAGUUUGAACUGAACGAGUCAGCUACUUCAUAUUUUAACUCCACUCAUCCUGAUCUCAUUCAGCAGAUCAUUAAAAAGCAUGCUGCCCAUCUCCAGUACGUCAGCUUUAAGGUUGACAGUAGUACUGAAUCAGCAGAAGCUGCCUGUGAUAUACUUUCUCAGCUGGUAAAUUGUUCUAUCCAGACUUUGGGCUUGAUUUCAACGGCCAAGCCAAGUUUUAUGAAUGUGUCAAAGUCUCAUUUUGUGUCAACACUUACAGUUGUUUUUGUCAACUCAAAAUCAUUAUCAUCAAUCAAAAUUGAAGACACACCAGUGGAUGAUCCUUCUUUGAAGAUUCUUGUGGCCAAUAAUAGUGAUACUCUAAGACGCCUCAAAAUGAGUAGCUGUCCUCAUGUUUCAUCUGAUGGAAUCCUUUGUGUAGCUGACCAUUGUCAAGGUCUUAGAGAACUGGCAUUAAAUUAUUACAUGCUAAGUGAUGAACUUCUCCUGGCACUUUCAAGUGAGACCCAUGUUAACCUUGAGCAUCUUCGAAUAGAUGUUGUGAGUGAAAAUCCUGGACAAAUCAAAUUUCUUUCUAUUAAAAAACAAAGUUGGGAUGUACUCAUUAAACACUCCCCUGGAGUUAAUGUUGUUAUGUACUUCUUUUUAUAUGAAGAGGAAUUGGAGACGUUCUUCAAAGAAGAAACCCCUGUUACUCACCUUUAUUUUGGUCGUUCCAUAAGCAAAGCAAUUCUAGGACGGAUAGGUCUUAACUGUCCACGACUAAUAGAGUUAGUAGUAUGUGCUAAUGGUCUUCAGGCUCUUGAUAAUGAACUUAUUUGUAUUGCUGAACACUGUAAAAACUUAACAGCCUUGGGCCUCAGUGAAUGUGAAGUUAGCUGCAGUGCAUUCAUUGAGUUUGUAAGACUAUGUGGGAGAAGGCUAACCCAGCUGUCUAUCAUGGAGGAAGUUUUGAUCCCUGAUGAUGAUUAUAGCCUAGAUGAAAUUCAUGCUGAAGUCUCCAAAUACCUGGGAAGAGUAUGGUUCCCUGAUGUCAUGCCUCUCUGGUAAUUACCAAAGAUUCUUAACUUUUUUUUUUUAAUCUGUAAGAUUAGCUUCUUUCUAUCUGCAAAUGUAAAUUUUAAGAUGCAUUGCGGAAAUGUC